UCUUUUUUUUUUUUUCUCGCACCCUUUUUUUUCCUACAAAAACAGAAUGCAUUAUCUGCUUUCCUAGUUCAUAUCAAUUCUAACAGUCAGUUUUUAAUAUAGAAUCAUGACUGAAAAAGAAAAUGGCUUGCCUGACGACCCAGGGUGGUUUGAGCUAAAGCUUCCGGAUAUGUUGUUGGCCGAUAGUGUACGUGAAGUCCAUGCUAGAAUUGAGGCAGAAUGGGAUUACCUUCAACGCUCGGCGUGUCAAAUGGCAGCAGGAAGAGCGCUUUGGAAGCAUGUGAUUCACGAUCCACUAGCAGAUUUACUUGCUGGAGAGGCCUGCCUGAGAAACCUGCAUGAGAAGAUAAAGAAAGAUCGAAGCAACAAUGCAAGAGAGAUGUCUGGAGUGAUUCUUGCUGUUCGUACCCUCUGGUUUGAUUCAAAGAUUGAAGGUGCUCUGACAUCCUUCAAUGGCAGAGAUUCACAAGUCGUUCUCCUUGGUGCAGGAAUGGAUACGAGGGCUUACAGAUUAAGUUGCUUGAAGGAAAGUGAUGUUUUUGAAGUUGAUUUCCCUGAAUUGCUGCAAGCGAAAGCCAAUCUUAUAAAGAUAGCAAUAGAAUCUCCAUACGAGCACCACCAUCAUCAACAAAUAGCCAAAUCGUUAAACAGAGUAGCAGCUGAUAUCAGAAGUAGUGACUGGCUUGAAAAGCUUCAAUCAGCUGGUUUUGCACCAGAGAAGAAUACAGUGUGGGUUCUAGAAGGGUUACUCUACUAUUUUACCCACUCCCAGGCGAUGCAAGUAUUGGAGACAAUAGCUGACAAAUGCAACAUAACCCACACAGUCCUCUUAGCAGAUUUUAUGAACAAACCCUCAACCACCCUUUCAAAUUCUGUUUUCCAUUUCUACUGUGAUUGGCCUGAUCAUCUACUUCCAUCCCUUGGAUUUUCCACCACUAAACUAUCACAGAUUGGAGACCCAGAUGCUCACUUUGGGCUUAUGCACGAUCCAUUAAAUCUCUUCAAUAAAAUCCGCAGUUUACCAAGGUCAUUGCAGACUCACCCUGAUGAUGGAAAACCUUGCUGCCGCUUGUAUUUGGUGCAGGCUUCUGGUUCGCCUCUGCUACCACCGAUCGAAUAAAGACAAUCUGCAAGUAACAUGAACACCUCUGAGUGAGUAGCUUGGAUGGAUGUGAGAUAUCACAUCUACCUGCUACAUGCUUCAUUAAAACUACUCCAUGGAGAGAAUGUCAUAUUAUAUUACUCAAGGUCUCUACACCAUACCAUAUCAGAGGUGUAGGCAUACACAUGUAUUUGAGUAUAUAUCCGUAAACUAUGCAAUUAGAAUACAGACAACUAUUGGACCUAAAUUGUGUUUCGUGAAUGAGGUAUAUUAUUCCAAGCAUUCCCGAAUAAUGUUCAA